UAUUUUCCCUGAAUUUUGUUUUGUCUCAACAGAGACUUGUAUGAAUAACUGCUCGUCGUCAGUGACAAGAGCUGGUGAAGUUACUAAGCGGAGCAGCUUUCUGGUGGUGAGAUGGGGUCUGAGUCUGUGAAGGUGGUGGUCAGGUGCAGGCCUCUAAACGACAGGGAGAAGGCUCUGGGUUCAAAGAUGGUUCUGACCAUGGACCUGCAGCGCUGCCAGUGUUUCAUAAAGAAGUCUGUGUCGACGGAUGAGCCCCCCAAACUGUUCACCUUUGAUGGGACUUACUUCACUGAUCAAACCACUGAGGAGAUGUACAACGAGAGUGCCUAUCCUUUGGUAGAGGGGGUCAUCGAGGGCUACCAUGGCACUAUAUUUGCUUAUGGUCAAACCGGAAGUGGAAAAUCCUUUACAAUGCAAGGGGUGUCUGAGCCUGCAGCACAGAGGGGUGUCAUUCCACGAGCCUUUGAGCACAUUUUUGAGAGCAUUCAGUGUGCAGAAAAUACCAAAUUCCUGGUGAGGGUGUCCUACCUGGAGAUCUACAAUGAGGAAAUCCGAGACCUACUGGGGAAUGAGACCAAGCAGAGAUUAGAGUUGAAAGAGCACCCAGAGCGUGGUGUGUAUGCGCGAGACCUUUCCUUGCACACGGUGCACAGUGUGGCCCAGUGCGAGACUAUCAUGGAGCAGGGCUGGAGGAAUCGAGCUGUGGGGUACACGCUGAUGAACAAAGACUCUUCCCGUUCGCACUCUAUCUUUUGCAUCCAUCUGGAGAUGUGCCACACUGACGCAGCAGGCCAGGAUCAUAUCCGAGCCGGGAAACUUAACCUGGUAGAUCUGGCAGGAAGCGAGCGUCAGUCCAAAACGGGGGCGACCGGUGACCGCCUACGUGAGGCCACCAAGAUCAACCUGUCGCUCUCAGCUCUGGGAAAUGUCAUCUCAGCCCUGGUGGAUGGGCGCUCCAAAUACAUCCCCUACCGGGACUCCAAGCUGACCAGGCUGCUGCAGGACUCCCUGGGCGGGAACACCAGGACUUUGAUGAUUGCCUGUCUGUCCCCAGCAGACAACAACUACGAGGAGAGUCUGAGCACGCUGCGCUACGCCAACCGCGCCAAAAGCAUCCAGAACCGGCCGCGCAUUAACGAGGACCCGAAGGAUGCUCUGCUGCGAGAGUAUCAGGAGGAGAUCAAGAAGUUGCGGGCCCUCAUCUCAGACCAGCUGGGCUCUGCUAACCUUCCAGUUCUAGUACCUGAGCAUCAAGCAGAUACACAACACCCAAGCAACACUGAAGGCACGAAGGAGAUGAAAAAGAACUACGAAGAGAGGCUGGCCAGGCUGCAGGCCGACUUCAGUGCAGAGCAAGAGUCCAAGGCCAAGCUGCAGAAGGACAUUGCAGUCCUCCGCUCCUCCUACGAAACCAAAUUAUCUCACCUGGAGAAGGUCAAAUCCAGCAGGGGGAGCUCUGCCCCCAAAAAUGUGAGCUCCAGCAGUGUGACAGAAGAGGAACAUUCCCACCUCAACACCAAGACAUCACCCAACAGCACAAAGGAAGACACCUCAAAUGAGCUGAGCCAGUCUACUGUGCCCUGUGAUGCUGCUGCUGUUGCUGCUGAGAUCCAAAGAAGUCCAGAUGGAGUCACAGAGUCACCUGGUGUUACCACAGCAGGGGAUCUGGAGCAGAAAGAAGCCCUGAAGAGGCUCCAGAGGUUGGAGCAGGAGGUGGUCGGCGGGGAACAGGCCCGGAACAAAGAAUUCCAGCGCAGACAGCAACAGAGGAGGAAGGUGGCUGAUCAGAGGAAAGCUCAGCUCAUCAAAGCUUUGUCAGACAAUAGCGAGGAGAGUGACAACGUGCUCUUCAGUGUCUACGACUCCAUCCAGGAGGAGGUUCAUGCCAAAGGCCAGAUGCUGCUCAAGGUCCAGGGAAAGCUCAAAGCAGCCAAACUAGAGAUCCGUGACCUGCAGGCCGAGUUUGAGGAGGAGAGGAAUGACUACCUGGCAACCAUUCGCCGCCUGGAACGUGAGGGGCAGCUCCUGCACGGCCUGCUGGAGAGGAUGACUCCUCUGGUUCGCCGCGACUGCAACUACAGCAAUCUGGAUCGUCUGAAGAAGGAGGCGCUCUGGGACGAGGAUAGUGCCACCUGGAGACUUCCAGAUGUGAUGGUCCAGAGAACGACACUGCCCACAGCAGUGGCUCCAAAGCUCUCCCCUCCCAGAGGCCUGGCUGCUGAUUCAGAACCAUUAGUGGUGGAUGAUGACAGGUACAAGCAGAUGCUAGACCGCAGUGACAGUGAGAACAUCGCUAACACUUACUUCAAAUCAAAGAGGGCGAGCCAGCUACUUGGGAGCGAAACCACCAAGGGACACUCCACCCACUCCCCCUCCUUCCUGAACGGACCGCCUCACCUCAGCGUGAACCCAAGCAUGGAGUUUGUCACACCCCGCCCCUUCCGUCUGGAGUCUUUGACUGUCCCAGCAUAUACUGGUAAGGCCAAGCGUAAAAAAAACAAAUCUCAUCAAUAACGGAAGUCCUUGGAAGGACAGAAUACACCUUUUGUUUGUACUUGAACUUUGGACCAUCAGUGUGUUAAAUAAUGUGAUUUCUGCUGUGUCAUAUAUCUUACCUUUACUUAAAACUGUAACUAACGCACACCCUCAUUUGUUUUAAACUAAAAAACUAGUUUGAAACAUUUAUACUCCAAUCAACAUCAUUUAGUGUGAAUACAGAAAUGUUUUUAACAAUAUACAGUACAUGUAAGUGUUGAUACCUCAAUUAAAUAUUCAGUAUAUUGAUA